GCACUUAAGCGCACGCGCAGCACGAGAACCCAGAGGCAAUGGGUUCCUUCUGCGCAGGCGUUAUGGGCCUGAGGGCGGGUCCUGUCCGCGCCGCGGUGCGCAGGCGCAGCCGUCGGUGGGUCGGGGCUUCGGUCGACUGAGAGAUCCUGAACAAGCAGUGUCACCUCAUCAGCCUUGAGAUGGACAACAGGAAGCGCCUGGCCUAUGCCAUCAUCCAGUUUCUGCACAGCCAGCUGCGGCAUGGUGGGCUCUCGCCCGAUGCCCAGGAGAGCCUAGAGGUUGCCAUCCAGUGUCUGGAGACAGCCUUUGGGGUGACAGUGGAGGACAGUGACCUAGCUCUCCCCCAGACCCUGCCAGAGAUAUUUGAAGCAGCUGCUGCCAGCAAGCAGGAGAUGCCACAGGACCCAAGGGCCCCCGACAGGACGCCACCCUCUGAGGAGGACUCCGCUGAGGCAGAGCGCCUCAAAACUGAAGGUAACGAGCAGAUGAAGCUAGAGAACUUUGAGGCGGCUGUGCACCUCUAUGGCAAGGCAAUUGAGCUGAACCCUUCCAACGCUGUCUACUUCUGUAACAGAGCUGCAGCCUACAGCAAGCUGGGGAACUAUGUGGGAGCAGUGCAAGACUGUGAACGCGCCAUUGGCAUUGACCCAAGCUACAGCAAGGCCUAUGGCCGAAUGGGCCUUGCACUCUCCAGCCUGAACAAACAUGCCGAGGCUGUGGCGUACUACAAGAAGGCACUGGAGCUGGACCCUGAGAACGACACAUACAAGUCCAACCUCAAGAUUGCAGAGCUGAAACUUCGGGAGGCACCAAGUCCCACGGGAGGCGUGGGCAGUUUGGACAUCGCCGGCCUGCUGAACAACCCACACUUCAUCACUAUGGCUUCCAGCUUAAUGAACAGUCCCCAGUUGCAGCAGCUGAUGUCAGGCAUGAUCUCUGGCCAUAAUCCCUUGGGUACUCCAGGCAGCAGUUCAUCACAGAGUGACUUGGCCAGCCUCAUCCAGGCGGGCCAGCAAUUCGCACAGCAGAUGCAGCAGCAGAACCCAGAGUUUGUGGAGCAGAUCCGGAGCCAGGUGGUGCGCAGCCGGACACCCAGCGCCAGCCACGAGGAGCAGCAAGAGUGACGCUCAUCUGUGUGGUGAUCCCAUCGAUCUUUGGCCUCCUGGUGUUUUAGCAUUUUCUCCGUCGGGCUGCCCAAGAAAGAGAAACUGGACCUGCAUGUUAAGAUGGACUCGUUCCCCUGUUUCUCUUCAUUUCCCACCCUCCCACUUCAUUUUUGUAUUCUUGCCGGCUCCACACCUUCCUGGAAGAGUCAGCCAGAGAGCUACACACCAGCACCCAUUCCUCCGGCACCCAGGGAAGCUGAGGGGUGGGGGCACGAGGAUCCAUGGGGUGUAGCCUGGGUCCUUGAGUCUCAAGCCCUACCCUGCCCAGCUAAAGGGACUCGAAUAGUUGACUCUCAGCCCCCUGGGAAGCGUCCACUGCCAGCCCAGCUGGGUGCCAGCAUUUUGUGCCCACACUUGGGUUGCCAGUCCUAGCAGGUGCCCUGUCUGCCUUAUCCCAGUGACCUGUGCCACACAGGAGACACCUGCCCCACUUGUGGACCGUCCGUGUCUCCUUUCCACAGCUUCCUCUCCCGUCUUCACAGCCAUCAGCCAGUCCUAAUUUUGUGUCCAGUCCGGCUCCAUCCUCAGCCUGGGCAGAAGACUCGGACAUCCUUGUCCUCAGUCUCCUGGGAAUUCGACGUCUCUGGUUAGCAGGCAGUUUUGAAGUAUUGGCCCACAGGCCAUGUUCUCAGCCCUGAAACAGCCACCAGAACCAUUUUUGAUCAGGGCUGGCUCUGUCCAGUGAGGCCAUGUGGAUAUCCCCACACCCACUCUCAGCCCUAGGUGGGAGGGAGGCAAGAUCACAGGACAGCUGACCAGUGGUGGGUCAUGAUGGCAUCAGUCUGUGUGGCAGGUAAUGUCAGCCUUGUGUGUUGUAGGUAGCCAGUAGGAAGAUGGGCCCCUUGGCCAGUGCCGUCUGCUUGCAGGUGGCAGCAAUGCCCACCUGGGUAAUAAAGAGACAAGGAUGAUA